CUUUCCCAGUGUAGUUAGUUUACACAGCAUGAAAGCCAUGGAAGGCAGUUUGUGAAAAAGAAGUAUUGACAGUUUUAUAAAUGCACAAGAACAUUAAUGAAGUUGCAAUGAAAGGUAGCAGUCGGUUGAGUGUUUCUCGAUCAGCACGUGAUGACGGACCAGCCUCAAACACCGGGAAAGAAGCCAAGUCAAGUCCUAUCAGCACGCGUAGUGGUCGUCGGUUAAGCACUGGUUCUGCAGGCCCAUCUCCUGUUGGUUCCCGGUCCAGCACUCCUAGCCAGUCGCCAAGCACGAGGGCCGCUGCAGCCUUGGGGUCAAAGGUUGUAACCCCUGGAGUGACCCUGAAGGCUACACCUUCGAGAUCAAAGCGAUCUACCCCGGGAUCGGCACCGGGGUCAGCAUCGAGAGGAAGUGUGCUUGAUAAACUGCGCGCUAACAGGGAAAAGUUAGAAAAACAGGGAAAAGCUGUUAACUCCAAAGAAAAAGAAAGUAAAGGCAAGAAAGACACCAAAAGUAAUACAACUGAACUGGAAGAAACAGGAAAGGAGGAAGAUAAACAUGUUAUUGAAGCAAAGGAUGAAGUUGACACUGGUAAGAUCAUCAUUGUAGCAGAAAGCAAUAAACUAUCUGCUGAAAAAACAUCAACAGAACAAGAGGGUGAUGAAAAUGAAGAUAAGGAAAAUGACUUAGAUGCUGAGCAGGACAUUACUGACAAGGUUGAAGAUGUUAUUGAUGGAAGCACUGAUGGGAAAGAUGAGAAAACAGACAAUUGUAAAACUAUUGAAAAGGAAAGUGUCAGUGAAGAAACAUCUAAGGAAGCAGAGAAUGAUGGUAACAUUGUGAUAGAAGUAACAGAUUCGAUAGAUAUUUCAUCUGAAGACACUGACACCGAGUCUGAAUAUGAGCUUGAUGGUACCAAAAAAACACCUGACAAACAACCAGAGCAUGAUGGUAGUAAGAGAGGAUCAGAACGUAGACGUCAUGAAAAAGUUUCAGGUAAACUGGAUACUGUGGAAGUGAAAGCAAGUGAGCUAGACAUUGAGAAAAGAGGCCAGUCAGAGACAAAGUCCUCUGUAGAUAGUAAAGCAGGUUCAAAGACACCAAUAACAAUGAAAACUGAGCCUGACACUAAGGGUGCUACUCCGGGAAGUGCCGGAAUAAGAACUAGGUUGAAGUCUGGAAGUAUCCAGAUGAACGGGACCAUGACAAUAUCUGCUGCAAAGGAGAAAGCUGAUAUGGAAAAUAUCGUAAAACAGAUUACAAAAAUUGAGUCGUCCCCACCCGCAAAGCCAACCCCGGCAGUUACAAAGAAGCGGCCAUCGUCCCAGACACCCUCUGCCAUCAUGGAAGUUGUCACAGUGGAUCACCCGCCCCCGAAAAAGCGCAAGAUUGGGCGAAAUAAUGGAAGUGGUCAGGACAACUGUAAUGACUAUUUCUGCUGGCUGUGCCAUAAGGAGGGAACCCUAGUCUGCUGUGAGUUGUGCCCACGGGUCUACCACUCAAGAUGUCUGGGCUUGAGUGAGGCCCUUCCCCAAGACUGGGUCUGUCCGGAAUGUGAGAAAAUCAUGCGGGCAGAGUGUGUGGACACGAGGUCAAAGGCCAUGGAGAUGUUGACCAUCGAUCAGUUGUGUACGCUGCUGAAAUACGCCCUUGAUCGCAUGAAACAUGUUGGGAGUGAACCAUUCCAGAGACCAGUGGACCUGAACGCUGUCCGCAACUACUCAGACUAUGUGUACCACCCCAUGGAUCUAACAAUGAUGGAAAAGAAUAUCAAGAAGAAGCAGUACGGCUGUACAGAGGCUUUUCUGGCAGAUGCAAAAUGGAUCCUGCAUAACUGCAUCAUCUAUAACGGAGCUGUUGGUAUAUUGACAAACAGUGCCAAGAUGAUAAUAAAGAUCUGCAAGCACGAGAUGAAUGAAAUUGAGCUGUGUCCGGACUGCUACCUCAACUCCUGUGUACGCAAAAAUGACGAGUGGUUCUCCGAAACUUGUAGGGUUCCCCACACGCUAGUCUGGGCAAAGCUGAAAGGUUACCCAUUCUGGCCAUCUAAGGCGUUAAGGGAAUCGGAUGGUCAGGUUGAUGUACGCUUCUUCGGAGCACAUGACAGGUCAUGGGUACCACCAUCGCAGUGUUUUCUGUUAUCCAAGAACAUCCCAACUUCGUUACAGAAGGGGAAGAGAAACCAGGGCCUUGAUAUGGCCAUCAGAGAGCUCAACAUUCACAUUAAGAAACUCAGAGAGCGAUUUGGCAACUUUGAGUACGCCCCAUUUAGGACGCCAUAUGACAAAUCCGACUCGUACAAACCCGUCAUUGUUCACCAAAGCCCCAAAAAGCCCUCGACCACCUCAGUUCAAAGACAAUCUUCAUCCACAGGAUCGAUGUACGCAAAACCUCGACCAAAUAUCAUAUCCAAACGUUCAGCUAUGUCCAAAACUGCCACUGCCCUCAGGAACAAAUACAGUGCAAUGGUUUCAUUAAAAAAGAUUGACCUAAGUCCGGAUAAAAAUAAAAGAUUUAGGGUCGCUAAGAAGUCAGAUAGAAGGGAAGCACUAAAAGCUGAUGAAGAGGAUGAUGAUGAAAGUGAUAAUGAUGAUGGUUUAGAUGUUGAUGACGGUGAGGCUGAUGACAAUAUGGAAAGUGAUGGUGAAGAAAAUGAAACUAAUAAUGUGGCUGUAGAUAGUACAGGUGGAAAAAGUAGGACAGACACAGAUGAGACAGUUAAUACACUUGAAGAAAGUAGAACAGACAAAGAUAAUGCAGGUACUACACAUGAAGAAAUUAUAACUGGCAAAGAUGGAUCACAAACAGAUUGUGUGACUAAAACCGUGGUUCAAAUGGCAGAUAAGAAGGCUGAAACACCGAAGAAAACCGAAGCAGUUCAUGCAUCCAAAAAUAUUGUUGACAGACUGGCAAGUAAGAUUAAAGCUUUGCAAGAAAUGGAGGAGGAUAACCAUGCAGAUAGUAUUAGAAAAACAAGUAAUGAGAGUCAGAAGGAUGAUUUGACAGUGCUAAACUCUAGUGUUCAAAAUGAAGUUGUAGAAAAGGCAGACAAACAAACUGAUGCUCCAAAGGAAACAGAGAAAGAAAAUGAUAAUCAUGAAAUUGAUAAAAAGGAUUCUGUUAAUGUAGCUUUACUGACAGAAACCAAGCAGCUUAAUAUUUCUAAUGAAUCUGAUAAGGAAGGUUCAACAGGUAAAGAUACUAUGGAAACGUUUCUUGAAAAGACAGAAAGGGAGUCUAAAGAGGAGUAUCAGAAGAAGUUAGAAUCUUUGAUAAAUUCUGGUAAGGAAAAACUUGGUGUUAAGGAACUAAAUGCAGAUUUAAAAGAUUCGGAAAGUGUCAGUUCUGAUUUAGAUGAAAACGAUAGUGAGUUAGUGGAAGAUACAAUUGACGAUUUAUCAUCAGAAGAAGAGAGUGGUAACGAUGAAACAGAGGGGAAAAAGAGUGACAUGGACAGUAACAGUGUUGACAGUUGUUCAGCUGUUGAAACAGUUAAUGAAUCUAGUCAAGAGAGCCUUGAUAGUCUUAAAGAAUCCACAGAAUCAAAGACAGUUGAAUGUGUUAAAGAUACAAAAGAAAGUAAUCUGGCUGAUGAAGAACAAACAAAAGAAUUGAAGAAAAGUGAAGAAGAGGCGCAAACAGAAGAACUAGAAGACCAACAAUCUGAGAAUUCUAAUGAUGGAUCUGACAAAAGUGAUAAAAUGGAGGAAGAGAAAGGAGCUUCUGAAAUACUACACAAAGAACUUAAUGAAAAGAUUACUGACAAAGACAAUGGUAAAUCUAAAGACAGUGAUGGAAAGGACAAGCAAAUAAAGGAAAAUGAUAUGGAAAAUGAUAAACAUAAUGAAACUGAGGGUCAAAAGGUAUUAAAUGAAUUAGGAGUGGUGAGUCAAGAUGCUACAAGUGAGAAAAAAAGAAAAAGGACAGAACUUGAUACUGACACGGAAUGCUCUGAAGAGAAUGAUACAAGUAAGAAAUCUAAAGUCACUCUUGAUAAAGGGAUUGAGAAUGGUGUUGGUUUAAAUGUGCAUACUGUUCUUGAUUCCUCUAGUGGAGAGCUAAUGGAAGUGAGAGAAAGUGCAAGUGAUUCUGAAGCAGGUUGUUUGGAAAUAGAUCUUGAUGAAAGUGUGGAUCAGGAUAAGGAGAAAAGUGUUUCUGAAAAAGACAAUGAAACAAAAACUCAAAAACAGGGUACAGGUGAUUCUCAAGACAAGGAUUCAAGCAAUGAUAAAGCGGCAGAGAUAGACAAACAAUCUGAAAAAUCUUCUAAUGACACAUUUGUGACAAAAAUUGAUAUGCAGGGUAUGUUAAGAGCAGGUGAGAAACAAGCAUCUAGUCUUAGACCUGGUUCUUCUGCAUCUACAUCUGCAUCUGCACCCACUCUGGAGACUGAUGGAUUGGAAGUCAUGUGGAGUGGGGACUCAUCAGAGUUUGGUAAGCUGCCAACCCAGCCACCUGCUAAGCCAGACGUUGACCCAAAUGCUGAACUGCCAACAUCCAGCAAAAUAGCAGAGAAGUUCUCGAAAAAGAUGCUGGUCAGCAUUCAGGCUACACUUGAGGAGAUGUGUAAAGAAGUUAUGGAGGAGCAAGUCAAGCCGGACAACCUUGACACCCUUCAUAAACAGCUGCAACUGGCGCGCUGGGAAUACAGCACCGAGCUUAACGAAAUUAGGCACAAUUUCCAGUUGACGAUGUCCGAGCUGAAGGCUUGCUGGGUGGCAGAGAAGGAACAAAUACUAAAAUCUCAGAAAACUCAGUUUGAUAAGGAGAAAGAGGCUGCUGUAGCAGAUGCUAAAAGAAAACAAUGGUGUGCGUCCUGCGGUAAGGAGGCCAUAUUCUACUGUUGCUGGAACACGAGCUACUGCGACUACCCAUGUCAACAGAAACACUGGCCAGUACAUAUGCACUCAUGUCUGCAGACAAACAAGAACAAGCCCCCCAUAGGCGCUAUGGCAACAGCUACUUCGACUGUUGUCUCCACUGCUUUGAUGGCGUCCAGUGUGCAGACAACAGUUCCCAUUGUCACAGCAGCUGUCUCAGCACCUCACACAACAGAGCCCGACCACCUGCGGUUGCUACAGAACAACAUUACUGCCGCUAUCCAGCGCGAGGAGGAACGGCAGGGAGAGGCACGGACAGUCAGCAGUCCAAAAUACAGGGCACCCAUGUCAGCACCCCCCAUGAACAUACUGCAGAAUAUCAGACAGCCCGGGUCAGUCCAGGCGAUGGGCAGCCCUCUGAUGUUCAACAUGAAUCCAGCAGUGGCCCAGAUGCCGAGACAGAGAUUCAAUGUUCAACCUGUCGUUCUAGCUUCCAGCAUUCAGACUACUAACACAAAUGCAAAUAAGAUGAUGAUGGGAGGUCAGCCUCAUGUAAGCCUGCAACAGUCCGUCCCUGGGGUGGGUCCUGGUGCCCCAGGGGUGAGCAUGGGUGGUCCGGGGGUGGGGAUGGGGGGUCGGAUGGUCUUCUCCCAGCAACAAAUGGUCCCUCAGGCUUUAUACCCCGUACAUGUGCAGCCACAACAGAGUCUGCUGUUCCGAGGCCAACAACAGAGCAUGAUGGCGUACGGAAUGCCUCGCCCAGGACCGUUCUAGUUGUUUUAAAGGACGUAAUCAAGAAAAUUAAAUACCCGCCAAAAACAGAGUAAAGAAUAUAUCGAAAGUAGAAUCACUGACUAUAGUGCUGAUGAGAGGAGUGUAUUUUGAUGGAGAAAUCCAAUUACAGAAAAUGAAAUUCACACCAAAAACAGAGUAAGGAAUAUGUCGAAUGUAGACUCUCUGACUUUAGUGCUGAUGAUAGGAGUGGUUUUAGAUGGAGAAAUCCCAAUUACAGAAAAUGAAAUUCACACCAGAUCAGUGGAACGUGAUGGAUUUUGGAGAUCGAUUGAAUGGUGUCUCUGGUGCUCUUUUCCGACGUGGCAUACUUUCAUGGACUGCAGUGAAUUAAGAUGAACCAAAUGUCUGAGAGUCCUGCUGAAUUGUAGGAGGUGGUUUGUCAGAGGUGUUGAAAUGUAUCUGUUUGAGUGUUAUGACCAUGUGCUAUUGUCUUUGAUUGGUCAGUUAAAUUGAUGAUUGACAGCCAGCAUCAUGUUCAUUAGUAUUUGCUGUGUAUAUUGGAUGUACAGGGUUUUCAACCUUUUUGUGCACUUAAACCCUUUAAUUACUGUUUGUUUGAUGCGCAUGCCUGUGUUUGUACGGUACGUAAAAUUGGUACAGGUACAGGUAUGCAAAUAGAUGAGUACUUAUAGUUGAAUUCUUGCACAAGGAAUUUUUUUCACUUAAAGUGACACUCUUUUUCAAAACCAAUACAUACACAUGUAUAACAAAUAUCAAUUUUGACUGAUAAACCUUUCACUAAUUGCUUAAUAAUGCAUUUAUGUAAAAUAUUAAUUACUGAUAACAAGAUUGUAACCGUAUAUAUAAUAGCAGAAAGCACACAAAUAUUAAAUCAUUGGUGAAUGCUAAAAGAUUUACUGUGGUCUCAUAAGUAAAAUACUGUGUUUUAUGCUCAUUUCUUUCAAAUCAAACUCGGUAUCCCUCAUCAGAACCAUUGUUUUCAACAUUAAUCAUCCUAUUUGCUAUAUUAAAACAAUUGUAUUAAUUGUUGUAAAUUUGGGAGUAAGGGCACAUCUUUAAUACCGUUGUACAGAAUGUAAUAAGUCUGAUAUGCUCGAUUUAAUGUUUUCUGUACAGUACAGUACUGGAGUAUUGUUUUAAACAGAAUAACAUUUGGGUGAAAAUGAAUUACUUCAAUAUUAUUUUGGCUCAGCUCAUUCAAAGGGACUAGACACCAGAUAGUUCCAAUAUUGGCAAAUACCGUAUUUCCUCAAAACAACCCUAGAAUUGUCAAUACUAGCUAGUAUGAGAUUAAGACUGAUAAUACAUCCUUGUGAAAGUCACAUAAUUACCGUAGUACAAAUAAAUAUCAGAUUCUAUUUUUAAAGUUACUGGGAUUUAUGUGGUAGACGGACCCCGUAAAUUUUGAAUUGGAAAAAUAUGCAAAACAAGCGGAAGAUACAUGUGUUGUAGGUGAUGUGAUACAUCAGUAAGUCAGAUUCAAUGAGUUAUACACAGCGAUAUUAAUUAUUUUAUUAAGUUUUUGAUAAUUUUCUUUUUCUUGCAAUGCUAUCAUCUGGUGUCUUGUCCCUUUAAGAAAAGAUCAUGGUAAAAUGUAGAUGAAUAAAUAACAUUGAUUUAAAUUAAUGAAUGAGUUAACCAUUGUGAAAUAAUUUCAUUAUAUAUUUUUGGUAUACUACUAGUGUAAUAACUUUUGACGUGACGUCAUCAAUGAAUGUGUUGAAAAUUUGUGCGCUAAGUAGCGACAUUUUAUGAAUCACACUUCAAAUCAUCAAGUCAGUAUUUUUGUAUAAAUAGAAUGUUAUAUUUGUGGCCAUUUAACAGGAAAUUGAUUAAACUGGGAUUGGUUUUGAUUCAAUUUUAGAAAACAUGGACAAUCAAUUCUGUAAUGAAUGGUUUCUCAUGUAAUAUAUCUAUGAAUGGCAUAAGUUGUUACUGGGAUAUUGUUAUAAGUAAGCAGAUAUUGAACUCGGGAGUAGCUUUGCAUUUCAAUACAAUUUACGAUGUUGAAAGGGAAAAAAUACACUGUAACAUAAAAUAUCGAAGCAUCAAAGAAAUGAUUUUUUUCACUUUCACAGCACAUAAAAUAAAAGUUUCAAGUGUUUGGACUAGGUUUAAUAUUAAACCAUUGUAUAUAAAUGCUGUUGUGCUUAAAAUGUGAAACAAAACAAAUAAAUAUCAUGAGUA